AUGAUUAGUGGUGGUGUUCUUGGACCAAUAAAGGCUUAUUUCGGUACUGUUGAAAGUCAAGGCCGAGGUUCACUUCAUUUGCAUCUCCUUAUUUGGCUUGACCGUGAUAUGAAACCAGCCGACAUGAAAGAAAAAAUUCAAGAUAUCAAUUUUCGUGAUAAGUUAAAAGCAUACUUAGAAGAUAUUAUCAAAGAAGAUUUAGAUGAUUUCAAAGAGAAACAUGCCUUUGAAUAUUCAAACGAACCAAGAUCAUUCAAUACUCCUACAAGAUUAUCAGAAGAUAAUAUAUAUGCCGCUUUACGUACUAUUGUCUUGACAGGCCUAGGAGAAAAUACACAUGAAUAUGGUAUCCAAUCGACACCAAUGAAGCAGCAAUCUUCUCCAUCAAUUCCUUAUACUUCUCCAUCAUGGAAUAGAUCGUUACAGACACCAACACGUGAUCGAUCAACAUAUGCCAUAUUAUAG